AUUUAAAAUCUAUGAAUGUGUAUGUUCACAAACAGGUAGUGAGAUGGUGGAAGCAGAGCUGAGAGGCAUCCAAAUUGUCAAAUCACCCUACACCAUCAACUUCAAGAAAACACCCAAAUAUUUCAAACCAGGAAUGUCGUUUGGCGUCACAAUUCAAGUUUUGAACCCUGAUAACACUCCAGCAAAAGAUAUUCCUGUUGUGGUGAAUCCUGGUGAAGUGAAAGGGCACACUGCAGACAACGGCAUGGCAAAGCUAAGCAUCAAUACAGUGGAAAACAGCGAAAACAUCAUUAUUACUGCAAGGACUGCUGUUGAGAACAUUUUACCAGCAAGGCAAAGAUCUGCUACCAUGAUAGUUACCCCUCACACAAGCAGAAAUUACAUUCAUAUUGGACUGGAAACAGCUGAGGUGAAAUUAGGACAACACCUCAAAUUCAGCCUAAACCUUAACAGAGACGAAGAAUAUGAUAUCACAUAUCUGAUCCUGAGCAGAGGUCAGCUGGUAAAACAUGACAGAUUCCGGGCAGAACGUUAAAUUCUGAUUUCUCACAAUGUUCUAAUUACCAAAGAGAUGUUGCCAUCAUUCCGCAUCAUAGCGUACUACCAUGUAAAUACUGAAGUGGUAUCAGACUCCGUUCAGGUGGAUAUACAGCACUCCUGCGUAGGAGAUAUUUGGGAAAUAAUAGCGGCGUAUGACACAGGCUGCACACCAGGUGGAGGAAAGGACAGCAUGAAUGUUUUCUAUGAUGCUGGACUGUUGUUUGUGGCCAGCACUACUUCUGGAACACCACAUAGAACAGAUUUGAAGUGUCCUGCCACCAGCAGAAGGAAACGAUCUACCACUUUGAUUGACCUCAGAACCAGCUUGAUAUCUAAAUAUCAGGACAAAGAACAAAUUGAGUGCUGUUUAGAUGGCAUGAAGGAUGUUCCUGUUCCAUACAUUUGUGAGAGGCGACGCGACUAUAUUGUGGGUGGUCCAGGCUGUGCAGAGGCUUUCCUUCACUGCUGCAAGGAGAUGGAAAAAGUGCAUGUUGACAGGAAAGUGGAAGCCCUCAAACUGGCUCGCAAUGAGCUUUAUGAUGAUUACAUAAACAGCUAUGAAAUCUCUGUUCGGACGAGCUUCCCCGAAAGCUGGCUUUGGAUUAACUUCACACUACCAAAUUGCACUCAAAACAUCAAAAACUGCCGUACAACAUUUGAGAAAAAUGAUAUACCUUUACCUGACUCAAUUACAGCCUGGCACUUUACUGGCAUUAGUAUGUCGAGGACUCAUGGUAUCUGUGUGAAUGAUGAUUUAGAGAUCUUAGUACAGAAGACAUUCUUCAUUGAUCUCAGACUGCCAUACUCUGCAGUCCGUGGAGAGCAGCUGGAAAUUAAAGCAAUUCUCCACAACUAUGAAGAAGAGUCUAUCAGAGUGCGUGUGGAUCUGAAAGAAGAAACCAACUUGUGCAGUGCAGCUCAUAAGCGCGGGAAGUAUCGUCAGGAGGUCACUGUUGGGAGUGGAACAACACGGGCUGUAGCAUUUACCAUUAUCCCCAUGAAGGAAGGACUUUUUCCUAUUGAGAUUAAAGCAGCUGUUAGAGAUGGUGGCAGUGAUGGUAUCAGGAAGAUGCUGCGGGUAGUGCCUCCAGGUGUACUGACGUAUAAUACAGAAACUCUACUAUUAGACCCUGCUAGGAAAGGAAGAGAUGGCAAACAAGUGGAAAUCAUCAAGAGUGCCAUUCCUGAAACAGAUAUGGUUCCAGAUACAGCUGCAAGAACACAAAUCUUUCUAAGUGGAAGAGAGCAAAUGAGCACACUAUUGGAGAACGCGGAGAACAGAACAUGGCUCGCAUGACCUUGCCUGUUAUUGCAACCAUGUAUUUGGACAAAACAAAUCAGUGGGAGUUUGUGGGCUUUGAAAAGCGUAACGCAGCUCUUCAGCACAUAACAACAGGUUAUACAACUGAACUUACUUAUCGAAAGCAAGAUGGCUCUUUUGCAGUCUUCCCCAGCGAAGAUGGCAGCACCUGGUUGACUGCCUACGUUGCCAAGGUUUUUGCAAUGGCUUAUUACCUGAUCAGAGUAGAUAAAGAUGUGAUCUGUGAUGCCAUCAAGUUUCUCAUCCUGAACACGCAGCAACCUGAUGGCAUGUUUAAAGAAGUUGGAUAUGUGUACAGUCAAUCGAUGCGUAGCGAUCUGUUAGGAACAGAUUCAGAUGCCUCCAUGACAGCCUUCUGCCUGAUUGCUAUGCAGGAGUCUCGAGAAAUUUGCAGGUCCUCUGUUAAUAGUUUACAAAACAGUAUUAAUAAAGCAGUGGCCUACCUGGAGAAGCGUCUACCCAGCCUCAUUAACCCUUAUUCUGUUGCAAUGACAUCAUAUGCCCUGGCUAAUGAAAACAAACUGAACAAGGAGAUCCUCUUCAAGUUCAUCAGUUCAGACAGAACCCACUGGAACGUACGUGAUGAACGUUAUUACACACUGGAGGCCACAGCUUAUGCUCUGCUCGCACUUAUCAAGGCUGAGGCCUAUGAGGAAGCCACACCUAUUGUGAGAUGGCUUGGCAAGUACCAACAGGGAAAUGGAGGUUAUGGGUCAACUCAGGCUACCAUAAUGGUGUACCAGGCAAGUUCAGAGUACUGGAUCAAUGCUAAAGAACCAGAGUAUAAUGUGAAUGUAGACAUCCUGCUACCCGGCAGAACAAUGACUGACAAGUACAGCUUCAGCAAGGCAAAUCGUUUUACCACAAGAACAUCAAAGUUCCCUGCUAUAAACAAGGAUAUACAAGUGAAUGCCACAGGAAAUGGAGAAGCAGUUUUAAAGAUCAUGUCGCUGUAUUACGCUCUGCCUAAGGUAUUAGAGAAGGACUGUGAGUUGUUCAGCUUGUCUGUGCAGAUUGUCCCAGAGAAACUAGAUGAAGAUGAGAAGAUAUACAAGCUGACAAUAGAGGUUUUGUUUAAAGAGGAGCGCAAUGCAUCCAUGUCAAUUAUAGAUGUUGGUUUGCCAACUGGAUUCACAUUUGACAAAAAUGACUUGGAUGCUUUGUCUAAAAGCCACUCCAGGAUCAUUUCAAGAUAUGAAAGCAAUACGGAUCUUUCAGAAAGGGGCUCACUCAUCAUUUACCUGAAUAAGAUUAGUAGCGUACAGCCAGAGAUAAUCACUUUCAGGAUCCAUUCAACUAUGGAAGCAAGCUUCUUGCAACCAACUGCAGUGUCCGUCUAUGAAUACAACAACAAGAAACCUUGUGUGAAAUUCUAUCACCCUGAAAGGAAAAAUGCAGAACUAUUAAGUCUGUGUAGAGGAAGAAAGGAAUGUGUAUGUGCAGAAGAGAAUUGCAGUUUUCAGAGAAAGAAUGAAGUCGGCAAUGAAGAUCGCAUUGCAAAGGCCUGUGAAGUUGCAAAGGAUGGCAGUAUAGAUUUUGUUUACAAAGUGAGAGUGGAAGAGUUGGAACCCUAUUGGUCCACUGACUUUUACAGAGUACAAAUUCUUGAAGUCAUCAAGGAAGGAAAUACCGAUGUUGGUCCAGAAGGUCAACCACGCAUAUUCAUUAGCUCUCAGCACUGCAGAGAGGCUCAGGGUCUAACAGCAAGUAAAACCUACCUUAUCAUGGGCACAUCCAAAGACAUUUACAAAGAUGAUGAAAAAAGAAUAUACCAGUAUGUGCUUGGUGAGAGAACCUGGAUUGAGUACUGGCCCACAACUGCCGAGUGCCAGACUAGUGAAUAUCGUUCUACCUGUGUGGGAAUAGAGGACCUGGUCCAGGUAUACAAACUCCAUGGAUGUCCAAGGAAGUGAACCUGAGAACUACAUAGAAUUCUACUUUUUGUUUUGAAUUUACAAAAUUUACAAUUCUGAUAUGGGAUGCAAAAGUCGUAAUAUUGCAACAGAACUGUUAAUUAAAAUAUCCAUAUGUGUGCUAACUGAAAGUAGAAUUUUUAAGUUAAAUACAGGUCAGUAUGGAUUAAAGUCUUUCAUGGGAUAAAGCAAUGCAAUAAACACGAUAAACUGAAAAGACAAACCUUACCUAAUAAUAUCAUCUUCAGCUCUUUAGAUGCUAGUGUAAUAAGUAGUUCUACUAGCACAUGCUACCUUUGUUAACAAUACUGAAUUUUGCUUCUUUAUUUUCUCUCAAGUAGUUAAUAAACAUAAGCUUGAUAUGAAA